AUGGAAGACACGCAGAUGACCGAGGCCGACACGGCCCUCGAGACCCCGGCCUCAGACGUCUUCAUCCCGCCCUCGAUUCACGACGGCCCGCUCCUCGCCGGCGACAGCUACUCGCACUUCUCGCCCGUGCCGCCCGCCCUCGCGUCCCCGUCCACGGAGCCGGGCGACGGCGUCCCCUGCUGCCUGGGCGUCGACGAGGCCGGCCGCGGGCCCGUCCUGGGCCCCAUGGUCUACGGCGUCUUCUACCUGCCGCUCGAGCUGUCCGACCCGCUGCUGCGCGAGGAGCACCACUUCGACGACUCCAAGGUGCUGACGCCGGCCGUGCGCUCCGCCCUGAUGGAGGCGCUGUGCACGCCGACGGGCAAGGGCGCCGCCGACGAUGACGGCGAAAACAAGCUGUACUCCCGCUGCGGCUGGGCGACGACCGCCCUGUCGGCCCGCGACAUCUCCGCCAACAUGCUCCGGCCGGCCGCGUACAACCUCAACGCCCAGGCCAUGGACGCCACCGUGGCGCUGAUCCAGGGCGUCUUCUCGCGCGGCGUCAACGUCAAGGAGAUCUACGUCGACACCAUCGGCCAGCCCGCCGCAUACCAGAAGAAGCUCGAGCGCAUCUUCCCGGCCGUCAAGAUUACCGUCGCCAAGAAGGCCGACUCUCUCUAUCCGUGCGUGUCCGCCGCGAGUGUGUGCGCCAAGGUGACGAGGGACGCCGCCCUGGAGGUCCUGUAUAGACGCCAUGCUGUCCGUGACGGGAGGCAGGGUGAGGACGCCGGGAUGGCGUGGGGCUCGGGCUACCCAUCCGACGGCAGGUGUGUCGGCUGGAUGAAGUCCAACAUGCACCCCUUGUUCGGGUGGGGCCCUGAGUGCAGGUUCAGCUGGGGCACAGCAAAAGACAUGAUCGAGGCCAAGGGGGCCGGUGUCAAGGUCGAGUGGCCUGUCGAGGACGACGGCGAGACGGCCAGGUUGACCGACUUUUUCAUGGCGGGCGAGGGCCGGGAUAAGGACGCCGACGAGUUGGGCACAUGGUUUGGAACACCUGUUGGGCUGGAAGCAUUUUAA